AUGUGGGCUUCUUUCGUCGCCCUCUGUGUCCUGUUUGACAGGAUCGCUACGUGCGUGCCAUCGGGUGACCAGAUACGCUCUGACACCAAGGCCGGCUUGGACGAUGAGACGCGCCAAUAUAUUGAGGCCUUGCUUGAGCGUUCCCACGUGCCAAGUCUAUCGGUCGCGGUCCUGAAGGGCAAUGAAACCUAUCUCGACGCAUUCGGCCAUGCUAUUCUUCCCGAUACGCUGGCUACUCCGGACACACUGUACUAUGUUGGGUCCUGUUCUAAGUCCUUCACGGCUGCGUCUGUGCUCUAUGCACUCAACAACUACAAUAAAGCACACGACGCUAUGUUGACUGUUGAAAGUAGCUUACAAAGUAUCUUGGGGGCAGAUUUCGCGAUGCCCGACGAUUAUGCAACUUCGCAUGCCACCAUCAAAGAUGCUGCGUCACACAGGUUAGGCCUUCCUCGGUGCGAUGUCUCGUAUGGUGGCAAGGGAUUCACGGCGGCGGAUGCGGUCAGGAGCCUCCGACACCUCCCCAUGUUGGCCGAGUUCCGUGAUCGAUGGAGCUACUUGAACCUCGGUUACACGGUUCUCCAGCAGGUGGUGCAAACGCUCAGUGGACGGUGGAUUGGCGAUGUGCAUCGGGAAGCGAUCUGGGAACCUUUGGGCAUGGAAUCUACGGUCGUGAACCUCACGGACGCCUUGGAGCUAGACCGGGCCGGCAAAGCAAAGUUCUCCUACGGCUAUUCAUAUAACCCUCUGACAGAGAGUUUCGAACGUCAAUCAUGGUCAGAUUCCGAGCUUGUCGGCCCUGGAGGCGUUAUCACUAGUGUCAAAGAUCUCGCGAAAUGGGUACGGGCUUUCAUGGAGGGAGGCAGCUCACUCCCCUUCAGCCCAGAGGACUUCGCCACGCUCACUACUCCGAUUAUGGUCCAGAACGCAGGCCAGCCGUUCGGGCACACGAGCCCAUUGCUCUAUGCCAUGGGCUGGAUGCCGUUGACUUACCGAGGCGAACGGCUUAUCCUGCAUGGUGGUGAUGUCGCGGGCUAUAGCGCGAUUAUGGCGUUCAUGCCAGACCGGCAAUGGGGCAUUUCUAUCCUAACGAAUUCGGAUGCGACCGGAGGCAUAGCCGUGAACGCCGUAUUUCUGAAGCUCAUGGACGACUUUCUAGGAGUCGAGCAGAGUGACAGGGAAGAUAUUGAAAAGAGCACGACUGACAGGAUCAAUUUCGCACUAGUGGCGUGGCAGGCGAGCCGGCAGACCUUCUUCCCCAGCAUACCGGAUCCGCCAGUCCCCAGGAACUUGCCAGUCGAAAAAUACGUGGGUCGUUACUGGAAUGAUGGAUUCCGGGAGAUGGAGCUCAAGCUCGCCCCUCCCCGAAACGAUACUCCUGUUCGAAACCGCACUGAGCCUGUCCUGCGGGCAGACUGGCAGAGGUGGCUCAACAUGACACUGGAGCUCGAGUGGAUUUCGGGAGAGCAACAUCUCGCGUGGGGCAACACGGAGGUUUGGUCUCUUCUAGGGUUUGCGGUGCCGGCUGAAUUCAAGAUCGGAGACGACGGCGAGGUGAAGAGUGUGGGAAUAUUCCUUGAGCCAGCGUUGAUUCCACAAGGAACUAUGAUCUGGUUUGACAAGACAGAUGGUGAUGAUGGUGAGAGUAGUCAGCAAGGGCAAGAUCUCUGGCAGGUCCGUCAGAAGCGCGUCAGCUGGCAGCACUACCGUCAGACGCUAAGCACUGGAGCUGUGUGUCGGCGAAGCCAACAUAAGCCACAGAACGUCACGGACAGCAGCUCUCAAGCCAGGCGAGGCCAUCUUAGCACGACCUUCAAUCCAGAGCGAUUCCUUGCUGGGUCAGUACCGAACGUCAUCACAGGUGAAGCCAAGAUGACUUGGAUCUCAAAAGCCACCACAACAUUCGGGCUGCUACUGCUCGCACAUGCCUGCUACUCGGCACACGAGCACUCGGCCCUGCAAGCCCACCGCGCGGCCUCCCUUGCCUCCCUGACCGCAUCGCAAGCCGGCGUCGCCACGUCGCUCCCGAUCGACAUCGCGAUCGAGACCGUGGUCGCAACCUUCAUCGUAGUUCUGGGUCUUGUGCUGGGGACUGCACAGCUUCGGCCGAUCCGAUGGCGCGUGUGGGCAGGCCAGAUUGAGCGGGAAGGGGAGGAGGCCUUCAAGGAUGCCGACGGGGAGAUCGCCAGGGACUACAUCGGAAACCCGUUUAAGUUGUUGGAAUCGCGGCCGGGUUUCGUGGAUAUCAGGAAACAGAGACAGGAGUUCGCGGACUGGGUGAAGAGUCAGUGA